CCCAAGUCAAUCACAUGCUGAUUAUCUGAGCUUUCAGACUUUGCCCUGGAACAGAAAUCAACAGCCCAGACCUGGAGGAAAACACAGUGAGGCCUAAACCUGAGAAACCUGGAAUAAUUCAGGCUUUAAUAAUCAGCUCUCUGGAUGUGUAAACCAGCUUUGUAGGUUUGUAAGAUUUGUAAGUACUGUACAAGGACAUCACUGCUUCCCACAUGGCUCUGCUUUCAGAUAAGGGCUUCAGUGAGAUGGAACUCUUAGAUCUCCUCCUCGAGCAGGCUGAUGGGAACUCUCCUCCGGAGGGACCAGGCAGUGGCCUUGCUAACUCAGCCUGGCCAAUCACAGAUCAAAGUUUGCUGAGUCAGCAUGAAGAUGUGGACGAUCAUUUCCUGGACUCCCUGCUGUGCAUGUCAGAGUGUUUGUCAGACCCCGGGUCUCCCCCCUGGGCCCCGUCUCCCUGUGACAGCGGCAUUAGCGAUGACCCCCCAUCUGAUCAGCGGGAAACCCCACCUCCACCCUCCAGCCCGCUCUUCCAAACCUUCUUCCACCCUCAGGUUCCUGUUCCUCAGGCUCAGCCACAGCACCAUCUGCAGCGGCAGCAGGCCGGAUCCGCCCCCAACUCUGCAGAACCAGACGUGUCCAUUGAUGUGGCUCCCUGGGACUCCAGUGCAUUCGUGUACAGGCCUGUGGUCUCUCAGUCUUUGAAUCCAGAAAAUUCUUCAGUUUAUCAGCUCAGUGUGAAGGACCUGCUGCUGUCCAGCCUGGGAGAACCGCCCAAGCAGUUCUCAGAGAGCUCACUGCAGGAGCUCAGCCUUAAUGAUGAUGAAAAGAAACUUCUGGCCAAGGAAGGAGUGUGCCUGUCCAACCAGCUUCCUCUCACCAAGUAUGAGGAAAAGGUCUUGAAGAAGAUUCGCAGAAAGAUUCGAAACAAGCAGUCGGCACAGGAGAGCAGAAAGAAGAAGAAAGAGUAUGUUGAUGGCCUAGAAGUGAGAAUGGCUGCCUGCAAUGCGCAGAAUCUGGAGCUUCAGAAGAAAGUGGUCCAGCUGGAGAGAAACAACACGUCUCUAAUGGAGCAGCUGCGGAGGCUCCAGGCUCUGGUCAUGAAUGGUUCCUGCAAACCCGCUCACACUGGCACUUGCAUCCUGGUGCUGAUCAUAUCAUUCUCUCUUAUCCUGUUCCCCAGUCUACAGCCGGUGUCCCUUAGCAGAGCUGGGCAGUCAGGGGACUUCACCACAGCUAGAGUCCAGUCGCGCUCGCUGCGCUCUGUAAUGGAGGUCCAUAGCCUGCAGCCAGUCCUGACGUUGGACAGAGGGGUGAAGACGGCCUCCUCCAUGAUUAGCAAGAUACACAUCAGGCCUGAAUACGCAGACAUGGACCACCCACCUCACAACCAUAGCUAUGGAGACAAGGAGCAGCAUCAUCAUGGCGACCCCAUCACUGGGCACAUGGGCACACUGGGCUGGAUGUCCCAACCUGACUCGGGACUGCAUCUUCAGAAAGACAGGAAAUGAUGUAAUGAGUGGUUGGAAUGAUAGAUGUGUUUGUCCGUCUACAGCAGUUUGGAGGAAAAAUGCAGGAGAGUUUUUGCAAAGUGUUUUUGAGAAGUGUUGCCUGCAAAAGAAGAAAGAUAAAUGUGCUAUUGGAAACAGACAAUGGCCUGGCUGUGACUGUUCCGGCUGCCCGAGAGGACAUUAUGGUGGGCGUCAGGAGCGUUCUCAGAAAGAGAGAGUUUGCAGAAGAACUGCUUUGAUCGCCUGUAUUAAAGCAUUCCAAUACCAAACUCUUUACAGACACUGCCUGUUUAGUUUUGAUGUGAAUAGAUAAGAAAGACAAGAUAGCAGUGUUAGCACAUUCCUCUUUAUGUUUCUCUUCACUGGGUUGCUGUGAAUGGUAUAUUUAAGUUUGCCUUUGCAGUUGAAGCCUUUAACACAGCGAGGGUCUCUGCAUUUAAACAGUCAUGUUGGCUAGCAUUGUGAUAAAUUAUGGGUGUUGACCACAAGAGCAUCAUCAGGAAUAUUGUCCAGUGCUUAGAUAGUUCCCCAACCAAUGUAUUUACCAAUGGGUAUUUUACAUGUGAAACAGUUAAGUGUUUCAGGUGUAAUUUUUUCUUUUCUUUCCUGUACCGUACCCUAUUCUUCAAUAGCCAUGCCUUUGCCUUGUCUUGUUGAAAACACAUGGAUGUCCCUAAAAGAAAAAGGUUCUUCUUGGAAGCCAUCUCAGAAGUGUAAGUCACAGAAGUACUGAGAACAGUCUGGAUGGUUCUCAGAUGGUGUGCUGAUCCAUCUCAGAUGCCUCUGAACCCAGAGAAGUUGACACCAUCUGUGGACAUUGUUAACAUAAGGCUUUUGUUUUGCAGAAUAAAGUAUUAUAGUGCUUGAC